UUACGCAUGCGCAUGUCGGAUUCGUCAUUCAUCGUUCGCUGUGGCCGACAUCACGAAACCGUCAUUUUCUAAAAUCAGUUAAUUUUGCCAACGAAUUACCGCAUUACUAAUUAUAGAAAAUGCCAAACCAAGUGUUAACUAUAGAGCCGCAAAAUGAGCUCAAGUUUAAAGUUGACUUUUCAGGAUUCUUUGAACAAGGCUACACGACAUACAUGCGGCUGAUAAACCCGACCACUAAUACAGUUUUGUUCAAGAUUAAGACCACCGCGCCUAAGAAAUACUGCGUGCGCCCCAACUCUGGCGUACUUGAGCCAAACUCAAAAGUGGACAUAGCCAUCACUCCACAUCCAGUGUUUGUUGACCCCAAUGACAAGCACAAACACAAGUUCAUGGUCCAGAGUGUUAUUGCUCCCGAGGGCAAGACAAACAUUGAUCAAGUGUGGAAGGAAACAAGUCCCGACCAGCUUAUGGACUACAAGCUAAAAUGUGUAUUUGAAACGCCUUGUGGAACUAAUCUCAAUGAUGCCGGCGACGUCCCGGCGCAAAACGAAGCAUCUAAGAAACGAGUUGCGGUUGCAGAUGAUGCCAAGGCUCCAUCAAAGGACGCCGUAGAAGGCCUAGUUCAAAACAAGCCUAAGAUCAAGGACGGUGACCACACAUCUGGACCUUUAAAUGAAAACCCGGUUUCCACGACUUUGUCUUUCCCCAAAUCGGAGAAUAUUGAAAGCGACUUGCAAAAAGCGAAGUCAGAGGUCAAUCUGUUGAGGGAGGAGGAGAGCAAGCUUAAACACGAAAAUCUACAGUUAAAAGAAGAGCUGCGUCGCCUGCGCCAAGCGGGAGGCGAGGGCCGCGGCGCGGCGCGGCGCCACUCGUACGGGCCGGAGAAGCCCGCGCAGCUCGCCAUGAUGCCGUGGCUGGCCGCCACCAUCGCCAUGGCCCUGCUGGGCAUCAUCAUCGGCAAGUUCCUCAUGUGAACGGUGUCGUUGCCGCCGCGGUGACCGGACGCCUCACACUCACCGCUCUUCUACCACUCCCAACGCCUCUUCCUCGCACAAGGCAGCUUCACCUUCAUUUGACGCCCCUCUGGCCACGUUUCAGUCGAGAUGCGCCCUAGCCGGGAGCUGUGUGACUAUGCUAGACGAUCACCUUCCAUGAAAUGGUCGCUAUGAUCCAUUUGUUUUCCCGCUAUGAUUAUGUUCGCCUCGGCCAUGAAAGGCGUUAUAUCCCGGCUCUUGAUAUAUAAAACUCCUCGACAUUGUUUCAUUUAUUGGGUUUAUUUUCGGUACUAAUUAAGCAUCUGCUACCAAAAGCACGUAUUGUAAAGUAAUCAUUUUUGUAAAUCAACAGUAUAAAUAGUAAGUGUUUGUAAAAAGGUUUAAUUGAUAGCUUCUCUUUACUUUGUGUACUUGUGUCACAAUUUUUUGAGAUAGAGAGAUAUCUGUAAAGACUAUUUAGAAAAUAUCGUGGAUGAGUGUGACAUCGUCGCUGUACAUUUAGGAUUCGUAUUACAUUGAAGCAUUAAAGAAACUUAGAGUUAAUAUAUUGUACACUCUUGAGUAAUUCCGCUUUCAUAUUCGACUAGUUAACAAAUAUGUAGAGGUUUUAUAGCAUACAUGGUGUACUGUAUAAAGUAGGGCAGUUAUACAAUUAAUUAUUCGUUAACGAGCAGACACCAAAUAUUUUCCAGAAGUUUGCCGAAGGUGCGCUUGUUAUGAACAAUGAACAUAUUAAUAACUCUACUGGUCUUAUUCAUAGAGAGGUCUUAGAAUACUAUGGUUAACCGUUUAUGAUUGAUAUGGUGUUGUGUUUAUGCCGUUUAUGGAGAUAAUUGAUUUGACUUUUUCUGAGAGAAAAUACUUAUAGGCAUGUAAUUAACAAACACCCUUGUUUCACGGAGAGCCUUAUUAAACGGGAUGUUAUAAUGAAUAACAUCUUGGACUUAUAUUGACCGGGAUAUAGGCCGGGAUUACCUUUUUGAUUUUUGUCGAGCUCCCGAUAUUUCGACGCAGUUCCAUACAUCAUGAUCACGGAAAACUGACGAAGGCGGGUGGAUGUCAA